AUGGAGGAGAACCGGUCGUUUGCGGUCCCUGAGUACAAUGGCAGUCUGGUUCUUUGGAUGCCUCUGCCCUCCCUCCCCAGCAGGCUCCUCAGCACUUCCCCCACCUCCCACACCUCCUGCAAAAGCCUGAUUGGUUUAGUCUUCAUGGUGAUCUUGAACGUCCUGGCGCUGGUGGCCAACACUGCGGUCCUGGUGGCGGUGGUCAAAGCUCCUCAUCUCCGGAAGUUUGCGUUUGUGAGUCAUCUCUGCGGCGUGGACCUGCUGUGUGCGGUGCUGCUGAUGCCUCUGGGGAUCCUGGUCAGCUCGCCUCUAUUCACUGGGGUGCUCUUCACUGUUGUGGAGUGUCAGGUGUACAUUUUCCUCAACGUGACCCUCGUCGCGGCCUCCGUCUUCACCAUCACCGUGAUCAGCGUGGAGAGAUACUACUACAUCGUGCACCCUAUGCGAUACGAGGUGAAGAUGACCGUCCGCCUGACAUCGGCCAUCACAGCACUGGUAUGGACGGUCUCUCUGGCGCUGGGACUGUCCACUCUGUUCGGCUGGCCCUCCUCCAGCGGACUCGACACAAUCCAGCCCCGUCUCUGCGCCCUACACUGGGGCCACAGUCACCACAGACAAGUCUUCUCUGUCCUCUUCGGCAUCAUGUGUUUUCUGGUACCAGCGCUGGUCAUUUUCACUGUCUAUUGUAAUGUCUAUAAAGUGGCAAGAGUCGCUGCCCGCCAACAUGGACCUUUGCCUUCUUGGACACAGAACAAGCAGCGGUCUGACUCCAUCAACAGCCAGACCACUAUAAUCACAACACGCACAGCUCCUCUAAGACUCGCCCGGGACAAGCCUUUAGUUGGGGGAAAAGCAGCCCUCACUCUCAUAGUCAUUGUGGGGCAGUUUCUGGUGUGCUGGCUGCCUUAUUUUGCGUUUCACUUCCAUAUCGGUGUCAACGCAUCUUCACAAAUCCCGGAUGACUUAGACAGGGUCGUCACCUGGUUGGCGUAUUCCUCCUUUCCCAUCAAUCCCUUUUUCUACGGGCUUCUGAACAGGCAGAUCCGAGAGGAGCUGUGCAAACUGAGGCGCUGUUACUCAGGGCACCCCACAGAUAUGGUGUCCAGUCACGAGGGCUCUGGUCAAGAGAACUUUCUGCAGUUUUUGCACCGCACGAGCUGCACGGUGGACACCAGGGCCAGCUUCACCGCCUCCAGCCCCAGGAACACUCUGGACCUGACAGCUCAGAGCGGAGUGAGGAUUCCAGGGCAGAUACCAGAGGAGUUCACUUAG